CUGUUUUGCUUUCAGGAAUUUCUAGUGCGAUCAUCUGCGAUGGGCUGGACAGGCAGACUGUGAUCUCCAGAACUGCUGACAGUAUACACGACCGAAACUAAAGAUGGCAUCUGGAAGGAUUCGCUCCACGCGCCGUCUGCGCUCCUGGAUAGUGGAACAGGUGAACAGUGGGAAGUAUCACGGCCUAGUGUGGGACAACACUGAUAAAACUAUGUUUCGUAUCCCAUGGAAACAUGCAGGAAAACAAGAUUUCCGAAGUGAGGAAGAUGCAGCUAUUUUCAAGGCUUGGGCGGAGUUUAAAGGGAAGCUUUUGGAGAAUGGAAAUGACCCUGCAUCCUGGAAAACUCGCCUUCGCUGUGCCCUCAACAAAAGUCCAGAGUUUAGUGAGGUCGUUGAAAGAUCACAGCUGGACAUCUCAGAACCCUACAAAGUGUACCGCCUCGUACCACUAGAAGAACAAGGAGGGGUGAAAGUAAAAAAAGAGAAUGGACAGAAAGCAGUGAGAAGCAUCAGGAGGAGACACAGCGAAUCUGAGCAUGAUCAGGAGAUCGAAUGCAAAAAGAUCAAAAAGGAGGUUGUUGUGUUCCAGCCCAUCAACAUGAGUGCACAGGAAACUGUACCACACACAGGAAGUGAGAUCGGGAUGCAGACAAUCCUCUUAAAGAGUGACAGUGCUGAAGAUAUCCAGUUAAACUUUACAAUUGAAACAGUGCCUUUGUCUGAAGAAAAGAGAGUGCUGAACACUUUCCACAUAACCGUGCACUACGUUGGUCAGGAGGUUCUGCGGCGAGAAGUAAGGGGUGAUGAUGUUCGGAUUGCUUACCUGCCUCCGUCACCCGUCCCUCCGUCUCCACCGUCUCUGAGCGGCCCUGGCUUCCAUCGAAUCCCUCUCCCAGACCCCCCAUUAGACAUGGUUGAUGACCCCAGCCUUGCCCCACGUUUGAUUGAUCUUAAAAAAUUACUGCCCUUCAUGGAGCGGGGAGUUGUGCUGACCUUGACAGGAGGAGGCAUCUAUGCCAAGCGUUUCUGUCAGGGACGGGUGUUCUGGAGAGGACCGCACAACACCACCACAGGACCCUGUAAAAUGGAGAGAGCAAGCGAGCUUACCCAGCUGUUCAACAUGGAUACAUUCAGACAGGAGUUGGAUGCUUUCCGCAAUGGAGGAAAAGAACCUCAAAGUGAGAUCACGCUGUGUUUCGGAGAAGAACUGAAUGAUGGAGACAACAUCUCUGAUAAACACAUCAUCAUUAAGAUCUCUCUUCCAUGGGUUGAGUUCCAGAUAGAAGAGGUCAAGACCCUAAGAGACCCUAUUGCAAUUCUCAAAUGUUUGGCCAGCCAGUCUCCUACAGGGGAAGUGACUCUGAACCUUUGUUGAAGUAUCAGAGUAACAAACUUCUAAGAUAUCACUCGCAGCAUUCUAAACAUUAAGGAUCAAAAUGAAGAGGAAAAUGGCUUGAGAUAACUGGUAGAAACCCAUUACUGUAUGUAGUUAGUGGAAAUGAUGCAAUUAUUAGUUGCUUAAAUAUAUAGCCAGAUAGCAGUUAAAUAUUUAUAAGUAAUACAAAGACACAUCUUUAGUCAAUAGGCAUGUCGGCCAAAAGCUGAAUACCUUGGUCCAAAGCGGGCCAACUGGGGCGUGAGGAGUGGUCAUGAACAACGGCAUUUA